GUUCAAAACGCCAUAAUUGUUUUGUACAUAUUUUUAGUUUCGAAUUGAAAAUUACACAAAAAAAGCUUUUAUACUUUCAUUUUUAAUAUUAAUUUCAAAUAAAAUAUGAAUUCAAAUGUAUUUAACCACUUUUUAGUUAAAAAAAACUAGUUUUUCAUCCCAAAAUAACACAGGAAAUACCUGACAUUUUUAACCUUAAAUUUAACUAUGUACUUGACGUAAAAAUUCAAACAUGCUGUAGAAAUUAUUUUAUUUCAAACUUUUUGAAAUUUUGUGGUCAAAUUAAAGUCAGGUGGAAGUACAAGUGACCAAGCAGUAUUUUCGAAAAUAUAACUUCAAAAUGACCUUAACUUUGAGUUCACAUGUGUUAAAAGAUGCAAUCAUUAUAAAAUCUAGUUGAAUAAAUUCAAUUUGGAGAACAAAAAACUUGGGUGAAGUGUUCUUUAAAAGAGUUCAACGAAGAAAAAAAGAAAUAAAAACUAUUUACGAUCUAAUUGAAAUCAGGACUUGUCUCGACAUAAAUAUCGACAAUAUUUAACAAAAAAAAUAUUAAAAUCAAUAACCAUCCUAAAAGUAUGCUUAUAAACUACAAAAUAUUUAUAAAAAAACGUUAAAAAACAUAAAAAAAUUUCGAUCUAGUAAUGCUUUUUUGUAAUAAAGCUAACCUGAGGCACAUUAGGCAUAAAUUAAUAUUAUUUUUAACACUAUCACAUUUAGUUUAUUAUUAUUUAUUCUUACACUGAGGAUAUUAAACAAACAAUUAUCUCACAACAAAAACAACACAAAAAAUGGGAAUUUUAAUCACAACUACUUAAUCACUUUCUUAUUAUUAAAAGUUACUUCGCUCCAUGGACGCCAUUAUUUAUGGCCGAUUAGACAACUAAUCAUGACAUUAGCUUAAAAUCUGGGUACGUUUUACUAAACAUAAAGGUUCACAAUAUGGCGUCUAGUUGAAAACGCGUUGUUCAUAAUAAAUAUUUCACAUAAAACGGGGUAAAUUUCAUGAAUAACCAUGAAUAUAGAUUUAAUUUUCAACAAAAAUCAUAAAAACCCACUUCCACCGACUUUAAUUGUUUGAGAGAAUAAACUGUACGCGAUGCGGAACUAUAUUCAGAGUGUGAAAAUGAACGUACUCUAUAUUGAUUCUCAUCGAUUGUCAUUAAGUUUGGUUUUAUAAAAUGGUGAAUUCAUUGCACCCCGUGUUGUUUAUUGAAAAUUGAAUAGACAAAAAGUAAAUAACGUGUAUUAAAUUAAUUAGUUAAUAACGUUAUUGUAUCUUGGAUCCUUAACAAGGUACUUAAAGCUUAAUAAAUGUAAUUAAAAAUGGCGCGAUUAUAACAAAUGUGCUUCGAGGACAGUUUUGAGGACGGACGGCGUUUUUUGGACUUUUAUUAUUUCUGGUGAUUGUGAAGUGGUGUGAAAUUAUUUUAAAUUGAAGGAGUUGAAUAGUUUCUGAAAUUAAUAUACAGGGUGAUUGAUAAAAGUUGUAAAUGAGGUAUAUACGACAAGAUAAGUGCUAAAAGAUACUUUGGAAUGUUUUCAAAUUCACAUUUCUCAGGUAAUGCAAACGGUUAGUUCGUCGAAAUUAACGCCACAAUGGACACCAAUACGCCCCAAUCUUUAAUCAACGAAUACACGGAAGUCUACAGUCGACUUCCUCUAAAAACCCAAUUGAUCUACGGUUCCGGACACGUCCUCAACGACGUCUGCGCGUCGAUGUGGUUCACCUACCUCCUGGUAUUCUUCCAAUACGUACUAGAAUUCGACAACGUCCAAACUGGUUUGCUGCUACUCAUAGGGCAAAUAGCCGACGCCGUAUCGACCCCGUUCGUCGGCUACAAUUCCGACAAAUCGGAAGGUUCGUGCAUAACUCGGUACGGCAAACGAAAAACCUGGCACCUGAUCGGCACCGGUUGCGUCCUCGGCGCCUUCCCCUUCAUCUUCUCCAGCUGCGUCGGUUGUUCGCGCGACCGCGAUUCGGCCGAACUCUUCUACUACGCCAUGUUCGUGAUUAUCUUCCAGUUCGGCUGGGCCUCGGUGCAAAUAUCCCAUUUGUCCUUGAUACCCGAGCUGACGCCGAACGAACGCGAUCGCACCAAAUUAACCGCCGUUCGGUACUCCUUCACCGUCAUGUCGAACGUUUUGGUUUACGUAAUCGCGUGGCUGGUGUUGCGUAUUAACGAAUCGUCGAAAAUAGGUCCGGGGGACGAAUUGAAGUUCGAACACGUCGUUUGGUCGGUGUUGAUCGUCGGUUCGACGUGCACGGCGGUGUUUCAAACUUACAUCAGCGAGGCGGAUAACGGCGCCGGCGUCGACGUUAGAGGUGGACAGAUCCGAUCCACUAUUGGCGAUUUGUUCAAAACUAUCGAGAUUUAUAGGAUAGCCGUGGUGUAUAUGUCGUCUAGAUUGUUUAUUAAUUUGUCUCAAGUAUUUAUUCCUUUGUAUUUACACGAAUCUCUCGAUAUGAACGCCAGUUCGUUGGCUUUGGUACCUCUGGUUAUGUAUGUAGGUAGUUUCGUCACGUCUUUGCUCGUAGAAACCGUCAACGGAGUUUUCGGAAGGAGUUCCACGUAUACUUUGGGUAGUUUUUUGGGUAUUAUCGCCGCUGUUUGGAUCAAAUUCGGGUACGGCGACGAUUAUUCGACGUAUUUCAUUUACGUCAUAGCCGUGAUCCUCGGCGCCGCCGGUUCUAUCGUUUUGGUGACCAGUAUAGGGAUUACGACCGAUUUUAUAGGGGAAGAUACUCAUAAUGGGGCUUUCGUUUUCGGGGUUAUGAGUUUUACUGAUAAAUUAUCGAACGGCCUAGCGGUUAUCGUUAUUCAGUAUUUCCACAGCGGUAUUUCCGAUAAAUAUUUUUAUAGGGACGUUUUGACUUAUAUUUGCGGGGGGUCCGUCAUGUGCGGCGCCGUGGCGGUCCUUUUCGGUACCUGCGGUAUACGUAGAUCGUACGAAAGGAUCCCCGAAAUUGUCGCUUGAAGAAUCUCGUCGUUUCCGAGGCUGGUUCGAAAUUAAACCGAAAUUAUUAAGUCGCAGACCUGAUAUUUUCGUACUUUUACCGCCUCCCCCGAUGCCUUUUUCGUUAAAAUAUCUCUACUUAUCACGGGAUUAUUCUAUCUUCGAAUCGCAGUCUUCGUCAAUUAACACGAGGCCGCCCCUGGCUACGUCUGAACAACACGGGCCAGGCCGACGCUGGCUUGUCUGCAGGACCGGCGUUGGUUUCAUGUUUAAUCGAAAAUUUUGAUUUAUAUUCAAACCAUCCUCGUAAUAAACGAAAUAUUUACGUUUAAUCGAUUAUCUGAAUAAAUGUAUAUACAAGAUGUGAUCGAAAAGUUUAAUCACAAUGCGGAAGUAAACUUUAGUUCAUUUUUUAAGUUUCUGUGGUUUAAAAUUGCAAAUUUUCGUCCGUGUUCGAGAUUAAAUGACAUCCAGGCACUUUUUUUAUCUUUAACUGUCCCAUUUCUACUCGUAAAUCUCAAAUAUCGCUUAUAAUCAUAGACAAAUUUUUUUUUGGGUACUUUUUUUACCUCGUAGUAUAGGUGGCGGUCCUUUUCGGUCCCUGCGGUAUACGUAGAUCGUACGAAAGGAUCCCAGAAAUUGUCGCUUGAAGAAUCUCGUCGUUUCCGAGGCUGGUUCGAAAUUAAACCGAAAUUAUUAAGUCGCAGACCUGAUAUUUUCGUACUUUUACCGCCUCCCCCGAUGCCUUUUUCGUUAAAAUAUCUCUACUUAUCACGGGAUUAUUCUAUCUUCGAAUCGCAGUCUUCGUCAAUUAACACGAGGCCGCCCCUGGCUACGUCUGAACAACACGGGCCAGGCCGACGCUGGCUUGUCUGCAGGACCGGCGUUGGUUUCAUGUUUAAUCGAAAAUUUUGAUUUAUAUUCAAACCAUCCUCGUAAUAAACGAAAUAUUUACGUUUAAUCGAUUAUCUGAAUAAAUGUAUAUACAAGAUGUGAUCGAAAAGUUUAAUCACAAUGCGGAAGUAAACUUUAGUUCAUUUUUUAAGUUUCUGUGGUUUAAAAUUGCAAAUUUUCGUCCGUGUUCGAGAUUAAAUGACAUCCAGGCACUUUUUUUAUCUUUAACUGUCCCAUUUCUACUCGUAAAUCUCAAAUAUCGCUUAUAAUCAUAGACAAAUUUUUUUUUGGGUACUUUUUUUACCUCGUAGUAUAGGUGGCGGUCCUUUUCGGUACCUGCGGUAUACGUAGAUCGUACGAAAGGAUCCCAGAAAUUGUCGCUUGAAGAAUCUCGUCGUUUCCGAGGCUGGUUCGAAAUUAAACCGAAAUUAUUAAGUCGCAGACCUGAUAUUUUCGUACUUUUACCGCCUCCUUUGAUGCCUUUUUCGUUAAAAUAUCUCUACUUAUCACGGGAUUAUUCUAUUUUCGAAUCGCAGUCUUCGUCAAUUAACACGAGGCCGCCCCUGGCUAAGUCUGAACAACACGGGCCAUGCCGACGCUGGCUUGUCUGCAGGACCGGCGUUGGCUUCAUGUUUAUUCGAAAAUUUCGCUUUAUAUUCGAACCACCCUCGUAAUAAACGAAAUAUUCAAGAUUUUGCUACUCCAAAUCGAUUAUCUAAAUAAACGUAUAUACAAAGUGCGAUCGAAAAGUUUAAUCACAAUGCAGAAGUAAUCUUUAGUUCAUUUUUUAAGUUUCUGUGGUUUAAAAUUGCAAAUUUUCGUCCGUGUUCGAGAUUAAAUGACAUCCAGGCACUUUUUUUAUCUUUAACUGUCCCAUUUCUACUUGUAAAUCUCAAAUAUCGCUUAUAAUCAUAGAAAAAUUUUUUUGGGUACUUUUUUUAAUUUUUACAAAGUCUAGGUACCUCGUAGUAUCGUAUUUUCUUAUAAAAAGUGAAUAUACAAGGGACUAAAUACGUACCCUUGAAACUUUCUUAAACGAAUCACUCUAUAUAAUUUGACGUAAUAUAUUGCUUAAUAAAAAUUAAUAUAAAUGAAAAACCCUGUAUAAAUCGUAAUAUGUAGUGUCAAAUGAGUCAAAUUUUUGUACUAGACAUAAAAAAAAUUCAUAAAAACAAAUCAGUUUGUGCAAAAAUUUAUGAUCCAUCCUGUAUAACCGAAAAUGCUUAAUGCCUGAAAUAAUUUAGAUCGAUAUGAAAAUUUCAUACGAUAAAUUUAAUUGGAGAAAGUUGUUCCUUAACGUCCAAUCAAACAACUAAUCACCCUGUAUUUAUUAUUAUAUUUAUAACAAAGAAAAUAUUGUGAUUUUAUACGAGGUGUGACACUGUAAACUUACAUUAAUUUUUUUUGGUCUAUUUUCUAAAUUUCUGCAUUAAAAGAACCACCCUAUAUUCAAUUUUUUUCCAUAGAUUGGAUUUUUUUCAAAAUUGCUAUCAUAAAUGAAAUAAUUAAAAUAGUUUAACACAAUUUACCUAGAUCCGGACCUGUAAUUUAUUCACAAAUUAUUUGAUGGAAGCCAAUUGACUACCGAAAAUUUCAAAUAAUCUAUUUUCGUUAUACUCUCGAUAAUUUUAUAUAUUUUUGAACAAAUUUUUAUUAACUAUGCCUAGUUUGUAAAAAUAAAAAAAAAUCAUGUGGAAUAAAAAAUCUUGUUUUUUGUUGGGCAAUAUCGUAAACAAGAAAGGAAACUAUCAUUAUGACAAGGUAACAUACCAUACGUUCCGCUACCUCAUAGUAGAUGUCGCGACUAUCACUAUAUAUAUUUAUAUACGUUUAGUACGUUGAAAUUUUUUAUUCGACAAUUUAAACAUUAAAAUGAACGUAGAAUUGAAUAUUUAGAAUACAGGUGUUUUUAACUUUUGUUAAUAGCAGCUGGAAUUAUUUCUAAAAAUUCAUUUAUAUACAAAUCUAACCUAAAAACCUUUUUAUAUUCACUAUUUUCUAAAUGUGAUAAAGUAUAUUGUAUACUCAUUGAUUGUGAUUGUUAGAAAAAUAAAAAUGUGA